GAGAAAAAAUUAGGAGAUGAUACAGGUCCUAUAUUAUAGGGGAAAUUGAAAAACCACAAUGGAAAAAAAAUAGAGAAAACGUCAACAGUCGUCGCAAGCAGAUGACGUAACGGAAAGGGCACUCACAAAGUACUAGCCAUUUAAGCGAGCACGUGAGGAUAUCAACAUCAAACAUCAGCUACUGAAUUACGGUAACAUGGGGAAGAAUAAACAAAAGGGGAAAAAGCAGAAGAACGUCUUUCAAGUUGCUAACAAGCACUUGAAGCCCAAGAACAAAGCGAAACCUGUCACGACAACGCUCAAACAUAUCAAUGCUGUGAAGAAUGAGAAGGUUGAGAACCUCAAUCAGAUCUUCACAGAAGUCCAGGGGGAUGUUAGAAGCAUUUCAAAGUCUGCUGCUACCAAACCAAAGAAACAAACGCAGGUUGCUAGAGAGCCACCAAAGGAAUCUGUGAACGUUGAUAAUACGGCUCAACUCUUCUCUCAGCUAUAAUGGCCCAUGACAGCGGGACUGUCAUAAAGGACAAACACAGUGACCAGCUGAACUGUGUGUCCCUCCAUUUUGGACAUUUCAGUCAAUUUACUUCCAAUGCAUUUUAACAUUUCAUACCAAAAUGAGGACUGCAGAUAAGAUAAAA